CGCUGGUUGGGCGGCGGGGAGCGGGGUGUGAUGCGGCACUGCGGUUCUGAGGCCGUUAUUCGGACUCCUCCAGAGAGGGCGGAGGAGGAGGCUGGAGCGCGGCGGUGAUUUUGUGCCAGGGCUUCCCAGAGGCGCACUGAAAAGGCUUGGCAGGGCUCAGGAAACUGGUGGCUUAGGGACAACAUUCAAGCCCCCACCCCCUGGGAGGGGAAGGGGACAGGCAGCGAGGCUCGAGGGCGGCGGAGGGAUGGUGGCUGCUCGGGGGGAAGGGGCGAGCCCUGCCUGUCGUUGGUGAGGGGCUACGGGCAGGCGAGGCUCCGCGGGUCAAAGCGGCUCCAUGCCCACUGGUGGGUGGAACGUGUUGAGCCGAACGCGGAGGUCGAGCCUGGCGGCGGCUCGGAACCCUUAACAUAAUCUCAAUCGUGGGAUUUCAAUUAGCCCACUUUGGGAUUAAUUCAUUGGGGGCAGCCUUGCUGGUCUGGCUCCUCCAGGAGCUGGGCAACCUUGACGGGCUUUUUGUCUUGCUGCUCCAGCCCUUUUUCCCUUCCUCCUCCUCCAGAUGCCUUUUCUCUGCCCCUCCUCGCCCGGUACAGACAUUUCCAGGGCAGCCUGCCGCUCGUGGCUGCUGUCGAAGCCACUUCUCGGGAUUUCGGCUCGUUUUCCUCUGGGGUGUUUUUUGAGGAGGGAGAGUUUUUCUCCCCUCCACAAUGGGAUUUUUUUCCCGUGCCAAAAUGGACUUUCAUUGAUUUCUACUUACUUCUUCACCGUUUAGUGACCAAUUUCCUAGGCGUAUUUUUGUGGUAGUUCCUUUUCUCAAAUACAUUUUCUGUAAAAUGGAGAACGAGAUUUUUACUCCCCUUCUGGAGCAGUUCAUGACCAGCCCCUUGGUCACUUGGGUUAAAACGUUUGGACCUCUGGCUGCAGGAAAUGGGACCAACCUGGAUGAAUAUGUGGCUUUGGUGGAUGGGGUUUUCUUGAACCAGGUCAUGCUCCAAAUUAAUCCUAAAUCAGAGAGUCAGAGGGUAAAUAAAAAAGUCAACAAUGAUGCCUCACUUAGAAUUCAUAAUCUGUCCAUUUUGGUGAGACAGAUAAAAUUUUAUUACCAGGAGACUUUGCAGCAAUUGAUCAUGAUGUCACUGCCAAAUGUCUUAACCAUUGGCAAAAAUCCCUUUUCUGAACAAGGCACAGAAGAAGUUAAAAAGUUACUUUUACUUUUACUGGGUUGUGCCGUUCAGUGUCAGAAAAAAGAAGAAUUUAUUGAAAGAAUUCAAGGUUUAGAUUUUGAUACAAAAGCAGCAGUUGCUGCACAUAUUCAAGAGGUAACUCAUAAUCAGGAAAAUGUGUUUGAUCUACAAUGGAUGGAAGUGACUGAUAUGUCUCAGGAGGAAGUAGAACCACUCUUGAAAAACAUGGUAUUGCAUCUAAAAAGACUUAUAGAUGAGAGAGAUGAACAUUCAGAGACUAUCAUAGAACUCUCUGAAGAACGGGAUGGUCUUCAUUUCCUACCCCAUGCCUCUUCAUCUGCGCAGUCACCUUGUGGUUCUCCAGGCAUGAAGCGAACAGAAAGUCGACAGCAUCUGUCAGUGGAACUGGCAGAUGCUAAGGCGAAGAUAAGAAGGCUGAGGCAGGAAUUGGAGGAAAAGACUGAACAGUUGUUGGACUGUAAACAAGAACUUGAGCAAAUGGAAAUAGAAUUAAAAAGGCUGCAACAAGAGAACAUGAAUUUGCUUUCUGAUGCUCGUUCUGCAAGAAUGUACCGAGAUGAAUUAGAUGCACUUCGGGAAAAGGCAAUCAGAGUUGAUAAGCUUGAAAGUGAAGUCAGCAGAUAUAAAGAGAGGCUACAUGAUAUUGAAUUUUAUAAGGCAAGAGUUGAGGAAUUAAAAGAAGAUAAUCAAGUUUUACUAGAAACAAAAACCAUGUUGGAAGACCAAUUAGAAGGAACUCGAGCUCGUUCUGAUAAAUUACAUGAAUUAGAAAAAGAGAAUUUACAGCUGAAGGCUAAACUGCAUGAUAUGGAAAUGGAACGUGAUAUGGAUAGAAAAAAGAUUGAAGAAUUAAUGGAAGAAAAUAUGACUUUGGAAAUGGCACAGAAACAAAGUAUGGACGAAUCAUUACAUCUUGGCUGGGAGCUGGAACAAAUAUCCAGAACUAGUGAACUUUCUGAAGCACCACAAAAAUCCUUGGGCCAUGAGGUAAAUGAAUUGACAUCAAGUAGGUUAUUGAAGUUGGAGAUGGAAAAUCAGAGUUUGACAAAAACUGUAGAGGAGCUUCGGAGUUCUAUGGAUUCUACAGAGGGCAGCACUUCCAAACUCCUGAAAAUUGAAAAAGAAAAUCAAAGACUAAGUAAAAAGGUUGAAAUUCUUGAAAAUGAGAUUAUUCAAGAAAAGCAAAGUCUUCAGAAUUGUCAGAAUUUAAGCAAGGAUCUAAUGAAGGAGAAAGCUCAGCUUGAGAAAACAAUUGAAACACUUAGAGAAAAUUCAGAGAGACAGAUUAAAAUAUUGGAACAGGAAAAUGAACAUCUGAAUCAAACUGUGUCCUCCUUAAGGCAGCGCUCCCAGAUAAGUGCUGAAGCAAGGGUGAAAGACAUUGAAAAAGAAAAUAAAAUUCUCCAUGAGUCUAUCAAAGAAACAAGUAGUAAGCUAAGCAAGAUUGAAUUUGAAAAAAGACAAAUUAGAAAAGAAUUAGAACAUUACAAAGAAAAAGGAGAACGAGCAGAAGAACUUGAAAAUGAGUUGCAUCAUCUUGAAAAAGAAAAUGAAUUGUUACAGAAAAAGAUUACCAAUUUAAAAAUUACUUGUGAAAAAAUUGAAGCCUUAGAACAAGAAAAUUCAGAGCUAGAAAGAGAAAAUAGGAAGUUUAAAAAAACAUUGGAUAGCUUUAAAAACCUUACUUUUCAGUUAGAAUCCCUAGAAAAAGAGAAUACCCAGCUUGAUGAGGAAAAUUUAGAACUGCGAAGGAAUGUGGAAUCUUUGAAGUGUGCAAGCAUGAAAAUGGCACAGCUACAAUUAGAAAAUAAAGAACUGGAAAGUGAAAAAGAACAACUUAAGAAAGGGUUAGAGCUCAUGAAAGCAUCUUUCAAGAAAACAGAGCGCUUAGAAGUUAGCUACCAGGGUUUGGAUACAGAAAAUCAGAGACUACAGAAAGCUCUAGAAAACAGCAAUAAAAAAAUUCAGCAAUUGGAAAGUGAACUACAAGACUUAGAGAUGGAAAACCAAACGUUGCAAAAAAAUCUGGAAGAGUUAAAAAUAUCUAGCAAAAGACUAGAACAGCUAGAAAAAGAAAAUAAAUCAUUAGAGCAAGAGACUUCUCAACUAGAAAAGGAUAAGAAACAACUGGAGAAGGAAAAUAAGAGACUCCGACAACAAGCAGAAAUAAAAGAUACCACAUUAGAGGAAAAUAAUGUGAAAAUUGGAAAUUUGGAAAAAGAAAACAAAACCCUUUCCAAAGAGAUUGGUAUUUAUAAAGAAUCCUGCAUUCGUCUGAAAGAAUUAGAGAAAGAAAAUAAGGAGCUUGUGAAAAGAGCAACUAUUGAUAUAAAAACUUUGGUUACUUUAAGAGAGGAUUUGGUGAGUGAAAAAUUGAAGACUCAACAAAUGAAUAAUGAUCUUGAAAAAUUAACUCAUGAGCUUGAGAAGAUAGGGUUAAAUAAAGAGCGACUCUUACACGAUGAGCAGAGUACCGACGACAGUAGGUACAAACUUUUGGAAUCAAAGUUAGAAUCCACUCUAAAAAAGUCCCUUGAAAUAAAAGAAGAAAAGAUUGCUGCAUUAGAAGCUCGAUUGGAAGAAUCAACAAACUAUAACCAGCAAUUGCGCCAGGAGCUUAAAACAGUGAAAAAGAAUUAUGAAGCUCUUAAACAGAGACAAGAUGAGGAAAGGAUGGUACAGAGUUCUCCUCCAACGUCUGGUGAAGAUAACAAAUGGGAGCGAGAAAGUCAAGAAACUACUAGAGAGCUUCUUAAAGUUAAAGACAGAUUAAUUGAAGUAGAAAGAAAUAAUGCUACACUGCAAGCAGAGAAGCAAGCAUUGAAAACUCAGCUGAAGCAACUUGAGACCCAGAACAAUAAUUUGCAGGCUCAGAUUCUUGCACUUCAGAGGCAGACAGUGUCGUUGCAAGAGCAGAAUACUACUCUUCAAACACAGAAUGCCAAGCUUCAGGUUGAAAAUUCCACCCUUAAUUCCCAAAGUACCUCACUUAUGAACCAGAAUGCACAACUCCUAAUCCAGCAGUCUUCCUUAGAAAAUGAAAAUGAAUCUGUAAUCAAAGAGCGAGAAGACCUGAAAUCUCUCUACGACUCUCUGAUCAAAGAUCAUGAAAAGCUGGAACUUCUACAUGAACGGCAGGCUUCAGAGUAUGAGUCUCUCAUUGCUAAACAUGGAACUCUAAAGUCUGCUCACAAAAAUCUUGAAGUGGAACAUAAAGACCUUGAGGACCGUUACAAUCAGUUACUAAAACAGAAAGGACAAUUGGAAGAUUUGGAAAAAACGCUGAAAGUAGAACAAGAAAAAAUGCUGCUUAAAAACAAAAACCAUGAGACUGUGGCUGCCGAAUACAAGAAACUUUGUGGUGAAAAUGAUAGGUUGAAUCAUACAUAUAAUCAGCUUUUAAAAGAGACUGAAGUUUUACAAACUGACCAUAAAAACUUGAAAAGUCUUCUAAAUAAUUCCAAACUGGAACAAACAAGAUUAGAAGCUGAAUUUUCAAAGUUAAAGGAGCAAUACCAGCAGCUGGACAUCACAUCCACCAAGCUAAAUAACCAGUGUGAGUUGCUAAGCCAACUUAAAGGAAAUUUAGAAGAAGAAAAUCGACAUCUACUAGAUCAAAUUCAGACACUAAUGCUACAGAACAGAACACUAUUGGAGCAGAAUAUGGAAAGCAAGGAUCUUUUUCAUGUUGAACAAAGACAGUACAUUGAUAAGUUAAAUGAAUUAAGACGACAAAAGGAGAAAUUAGAAGAGAAAAUUAUGGAUCAAUACAAAUUUUAUGACCCAUCUCCUCCUAGAAGGAGAGGCAACUGGAUUACUCUAAAAAUGAGAAAAUUGAUAAAAUCUAAGAAAGAUAUUAAUCGGGAACGUCAGAAAUCUCUAACACUAACACCAACCCGCUCAGACUCCAGUGAAGGAUUUCUUCAGCUUCCCCAUCAAGAUAGUCAAGAUAGUUCUUCAGUAGGUUCAAACUCUUUAGAAGAUGGCCAGACUCUGGGGACCAAGAAAAGCAGCAUGGUUGCACUGAAAAGACUGCCCUUUUUGAGGAACAGACCGAAGGAUAAAGACAAAAUGAAGGCCUGCUACCGUCGUUCCAUGUCCAUGAAUGACCUGGUGCAGUCCAUGGUCCUAGCAGGAGGACAGUGGACAGGUAGUACUGAGAAUUUGGAGGUUCCUGAUGAUAUUUCAACGGGUAAAAGGAGAAAAGAAUUGGGAGCUAUGGCCUUCUCUACUACAGCCAUCAACUUUUCAACUGUCAACUCUUCUACAGGCUUCAGAUCCAAGCAGUUGGUUAAUAAUAAAGAUACUACAUCCUUUGAAGAUGUAAGUCCACAAGGUAUUAGUGAUGAUUCUAGUACGGGAUCAAGAGUUCAUGCUUCGAGACCAGCCAGCCUUGAUAGUGGCAGAACAUCCACUAGCAAUAGCAAUAAUAAUGCUUCACUCCAUGAAGUCAAAGCAGGUGCAGUUAAUAUCCAAAGCAGGCCACAGAGCCACAGCAGUGGAGAAUUUAGCCUGCUUCAUGAGCAUGAGGCUUGGUCCAGCAGUGGCAGCAGUCCAAUCCAGUACUUGAAAAGACAAGCCAGAUCAAGUCCAUUGCUCCAGCACAAGACAGUAGAGAGUCGUGCACAUCACAAGAUCAAAACUGGCUCCCCUGGAAGUGAAGUUGUUACUCUACAACAGUUUUUGGAAGAAAGCAACAAGCUUACCUCAAUACAGAUAAAGCCCUCAAGUCAAGAGAAUCUUUUAGAUGAAGUAAUGAAAAGCUUGUCUGUCUCUUCUGACUUUUUGGGAAAAAACAAACCAGUUAGCUGUGGUCUGGCCAGGUCAGUAAGUGGAAAAACCCCAGGAGACUUCUAUGAUAGACGGACAACUAAGCCUGAACAAUUUGUGAGACCUGGUCCUCAAAAGACUGAAGAUACCUUUUUCAUUAGUUCUUCAGGAAAAUCUACACUAGGCACUCAAGGAAAGAUAAAAUUAGUAAAAGAAACUUCUCUUUCACGACAAUCAAAAGAUAGUAAUCCUUAUGCCACUUUACCUCGUGCAAGCAGUGUGAUCUCUACUGCUGAAGGAACUACUCGAAGGACAAGCAUCCAUGAUUUUUUGAGCAAGGACAGCAGACUACCUAUGUCAGUUGAUCCACCACCAGCUACUGCUGAUAGCAACAUCACUGCAGCAUCUAGUGAGUACCGUUUACACCAGUGGUCCUCUCCUACACUUCACAGUCCCACAUAUGCUGUGGGUUCUCAAGCACAAAAUGAUUCAGACAAGCCCGAGUCUCUAUAUGCGCAGGCUAGAAACUCAAAAACAGGAAAGUCACAUUUUCUAAACCAAACUUUUGCCACUAUUAAGAUAUCUAAGGAUAUAUUUGGAAUAUCAGCUAAAGAUAGCGUAGGGUCCUUUACUGUGGCUCAUCCAUCUCAGCCAUUUUUAUCCCUGAAUACAGAAUUAGUUAGUAACAUAAGUGGGUUACCUCCCAGGCCAGUCACCAGAGUAACUGACCAGGCUUCAGCCUCUUUGAAUAAAGUUGCACAGAAAGAUAAUGAACAGUUUUUUGGUAAUCAGAAUCAUAGUAACAGUAACCCACAGUCUUCUGUAGAUAGCAGUAAUCUUACCACUCCUGCAUGCCUCUAUCCAGAUGACACAGAAGCUGCAUUGUUGGUUUCUGAGGAUAAUCAAACUGUUUGGUAUGAAUAUGGUUGUGUGUGAUCAAAACUGCACAGUGAUGAUGUCAUAUGAUAUGCAUUAUGCUUCUCUAAUUUGAUUCGAAAAGCUGCUGUUGAAAACUAUCAUUUAGCUAGGUUUAUAUUUUUAUUUUUAAACUGGCAUAAUGUUCAAGUGUACAUUAUGGCAUGUAUAUAAAUGUGAUUGUGUAACCACAACAAAGCUUGCAUGAAAUAUUAAUUGCAUUGUACAUUUUCUGCAUGACUUUAAAAACCUUAACAAUAAUGCUUCUCUUUGACACUUCUUGUCAUCUAGUGAAAGAUCAUUACUUUGAUAUCUAGAAGCAUGUUAAAAUGGUUGCAUGCUAUAAUUACCAAGGAGACAUUUCCAUGACAUAUUUACUUUGUUACUUCCAAAAAACAAUGCUCAUUUUCUCCCUCCCUCUUUUGCUCCCCUUUCCUGCUCUCCCUCCCUCUCCUCCUCUCCUUUCUUUUUUUCCCAGAAUGUGCACUUCAUAUUGCACAUGUACAGUGAUAGUAAGGAAAAUAUUUUUAAAAGAUGUCAUUUUCUUUUGCCAUUUAAUUAUACCUUCUGCCCUGUUUUCUUUUCAAAGAAAUAGUUAAUAAUUCAACACUUUAUGUAGCAAAUAUUAACUACUGCCCAUAUUUAUAAAAUUGUUGAGAUUUAAAGCUUUGUUAAUAUUCAUAUAUUUAGUGUAAUUCUUUUUUAUAAAAAGAAACAUCAAAUUUAAAUGUGACUGAUACAGUGACUAGGAGCAUUUGUAUUCUAUUUCUUCUCUGCACUUUUCUUCAUCUGAUAAAUAUAAGAGCUCAAGUACUAUCUUUCCUUCAAGAUUACUUUUUUACUUGGAAUCAGUUAAUAGUUUUUUCAGUUCUUCUUUUAUAUAGAGCCAAAGAGAAAUAAAGCAAAUCAUGCUCAAUGUGUUGGAAAUUUGCAUUUUUACGUCUGUUCAAAAAGGGUAGCAAGUUUACAAAGUUGUGAAGACGGUUACUUACAUAAUUCUGUAAUUCAUUUAUUAUUAUUAUUAUUAUUAUACAUGUCUGUCCUUAAAACAAUUUUCUAAAAUGAGUACACUGAGCUAAAAUAAAAUGUAAAAUUAGUAUUUGUAACAAUUUAAACAAACAAGUAUGUUUUUAGUAGAACAGAUUUUAGAACUAAGAAUAAAUGUAAACUCUUAGCUAGAAAAUAAUUAUAAAAGAUAGAGAAAAUAUUUGCUAACUCUGACUCAUGUCAUAAACUUUAAAAUUAUCUUGCUGUGGUCACAGAAUCAGUUUACUUUGAAUCUCUAACUCCCAGAAUAAAACAAACAAAAAAAACAAACCCAUAACCCUAAUUCACUUACUUCCAGAGAAGUAUAGCUUAGCUCUGUCUCUGGAAUGUUUUUACCAUCUUUUUUUUUCAUUGCAUCUAUUUUUUUCUUUUUCUUUUUUUUUCUUAGUUCAAGUAUAGUCAAUUAUAAUGUGUCAAUCUCCAGUUUUUGCCAUCUUGAUUCAGCCUAAAUAUUACUGACAGUAACUCAGACUGGCAUCUAAAAGAAAUGAUUUGAAAUGUAACUUUACACAUGGGGAGGAAAUUGUUAUUUUAUACAUGUUGUUAUGCUAAAUUAUUAUUGUUAUUAAUUGGGCUAAAGAAAACAAAAUGUACAGAGAAAUCUUUGCUCAAUGCAAUUUAUAGCCAUAGUAAAUUAAGCUAUCCUCUUGUACUUAUACAAGAGGGCUAGGCCUGUUCCAUUUAUUUCUUUGACCCUACUUUUUUUCUUAUAGCCAGCUCUUACUGAAAAUGGUUCUAGUGCAGGUAAUCAGAUGAACAUAAUCAGAAAUUUUUCAUAUUUUUUAGUACCAUCUUAAAAUAUAUCUUACACAUGAAUAUAUGAAUACAUCAGUCUGUUUUAUUGUUAGUUGUUUUAGUUAGUCCUAACAUUUCAAAUGUUUUUGGGAAGCCUUUUCUUUUUUCAAAACUUAAUGGUAAAUAUAGGUGGGAUUGGAUGGGGCCAUAUGUGGUACAGAUGUAAUUUUUUUCCACAUUGAGUCAAGGAUUAUUUCACAACCAUUUCAACCUUUUAGAUAUUAUAAAUCUAGCCUUAAGCUUUAAGUUUAAAAUAUUAACUUUAUGCAGAAUAUACUGAGAAAUCAUAUGCUAUUAUAGCAAAAACUGUGAUUAUUUUACAAAUAGACCUAUAGGAAAGAAGUAUUUCUAACUCAAGUGGCUAUAGUUAUACAUACAGCAUGUUUACAAAAAGAACUUAAUACUGUGCAUGUAAGACAGAUAGAUACAUACCAUGUCCACAUGUCUUAAAGACUGGCUGAGAAGACUUAGACUUCCUCCAUAAACUGUCACUAGCUGUAGAGUCAUAACAUUUACCCAAACACUAGUUUCUUUCCUAUGUUUCUUGAUAGCACUUGGGAUCCAUUAGCAGUAGGAAGAAUCUUAUAAAUAAUAUAGCACCAGCAUUUCCCAAACUUUAAAAAAAUCAACAUAAUAUUUUCUAUAAAUGAAAUCUUACAAAGAUGCCCUGAUUUAAAAAAAAAUUUUUAGAGAUAAAAGUGAAGCAACUCUGACUCAGUUGAGCAGCUGCACUUUUUUCCUCUAAGAUAUCUCCAUAAAUAUCCCACGUCUUUGUAUCGUAUUACAGGCAUACCUCGUUUAUUGCAUCUUGCUUUAUUGUAUUUCGCUUAAAGUUUGUGGCAACCCUGUAUCAAGCAAGUCUGUCUGUCAGUGCAAUUUUCCCAACAGCAUUUGCUCACUUCAUGUUUGUCACAUUUUGGUAAUUCUCAAAAUGUUUCAGACAUUCUCAUUAUAUUUGUUAUGGUGAUCAGUGAUCUUUGAUGUUAGUAUUGCAAAAAGAUUGACUCACUGAAGGGCUCAGAUGAUGGUUAGUACUUCUUAGCAUUAAGUAUUUUUACUUAAGAUAUGUACAUUGUUUGUAGACAUAAUGCUAUUGCACACUUAAUAGACUGUAGUGGGAACAUAAUUUUUAUAUGCACUGGGAUACUUAAAAUUCACGUGACUUGCUUUAUUGCAAUAUUCACUUUAUUGAAGUGCUCUAAAACCAAACCUGCAGUAUCUCCGAGGUAUGCCUGUAUUAGUACCCUAAUUUUAGAUGAAAUUGAAUAGCUUUCAUAUUCCUGGCUUAGGUUUCUAGAAAUUAUACCCUUAUUAUUUGUGAUAUUGUAAGUUAAUUUUGUUCUGCAUCAAGUCCCCUUUGAUCAAAGCAGUUUUUGCUAUUACAGUGUAAGUAGGUAUUUUAUUUCGCUAUAAAAUCUCCAGCCCUGGUUUUCUUAGUAAAUAAUACAAGUAUUUCAUUGUGGGUGUUUCUGCAGGCGCAUGCAAGGUUAUUUUUUACUUUAAAACUAGAUGUGACCAAUUAGUAAAUAAACAUAGUAAGUAAACCUAUCUGACACUGAAAGGGCAUAAAUAUAUUAUUUAUAGCUUUUAAAAUAUAAGAAUCAGUCUUUAAGUAAUGAGAUUCUAUCAGAUUAGUAACAUUUCAGAGUUAGAUUCCUUCUCUUUGCCCUACUGAGUAAGAGCUUCUCAUCUUCAUGAAUUGUGUUAUGUUUAACCUUUGAUUAAAUAACAU